UUUAACAACUGCCAGACAACCAAACAUAACUUUGUCAGCACUGUCAUGGAAGAAUACAAGAUUUCAGACUUUAAAAGAGUAAUUUUCCAGAGAAGAUGCUUUUUCUUCAUAGCAGCUGAUAUAUUUGUUUGCUUAUUUCUUGCCUUAUAAGGAUUUAAAAACUGUUGGCUCCAUACGUCUUCAUCUGAAAAAAGGUAUUAAUUGAAUGAUGGAUAUAUCAAAUGUAAAUUCAAAAAUUGGCAAGUCUAUCAGGCUAAAGCAAAGAAAAAGCUUCAGACAAGCUAGAAGGGUGGACCAGCUUGAGAUUUUCUAAAGAAAAAGGAGAAGCUGGCUCCUGAUUGAUGGAUUUAUACUGAUGUUUAAUCCAUUUUGCUGACUUUUUUUGCUUUGCUAUUGUUAAAAAUGUCUUCAGUGAAAAAGAAAACAGAGCCUUUUUAUAUGAAAUCCUCAUCAAAUCAGAAAACCAGUGCUGAAAUUAUCAAUGAGGCACGGAUGUCCGUCAGAAUCCUAAACACCAAAAGACCAUUAACACCUAGAGAAGAUGAACGCAAACUUUUUGGAUCUACUUCCACCAGAACAUCAGAUAGCAGACCUCCUUCAUCGUUCAGUCUUCAUGCUCGUAGUUUUGAUCUGCCUGACUCCAGACCUGUUUCUGCAAAACGUCUUUCUCCACUUGAGAAUAAACCUCAGCUUCCUUUGGCUAUUGAAAAUGAGAUUGAUACCCCACUGCCUCUUCCUAAGCCACCAGUUGACCCAGUCAAAAUCAAAAAAGUUAGCAAUGCUCGGGCAAGAUUAUUUAAGGCAACAUCACAAGGUGCACUACCAACAAUCAUGAAACCUGAGGAGUUGAUCAAGACACUAAAUUCAGAACCUUCACUUGCCAAAUGUCAUACUUCAAAUGUAUCGGAAGAAAAUGUGUUUAAUAAAGUUUGGCUUCACGAUGCCUGCCUUCCAGUGCCUAAUCAGGUAGAAAAUGCUAACUUUGCAAUAGAGGAUGCUUCCUUGAAAUCGGAGGAAAAGGCAAUAUCAAAACUUCGGGGAAGGACCACUUCUCAGUUUCCAGAGGACAGAAAUAUUACAGGAUCAGAAAUCUUAACAGGAUCUGCUAAUGGGUCUAAAACAAAUGAUGGUGAAUCUGAAAGUGAAACUCAAUACUGGAAUUCAGUAAUAAUGCCUAUUCUUCAAGAUUUGGAGUCUUUACAGAAUGGAAAUGAUGUGGAAUACUUAUGUGAUUGCUGUGCCAGGCUUCACUGUGCCUUGGAGCAAGGGAAUUUGCUAGGAAGAAAAUGUAAAAGAAGAACUACAGUUCUCAGAAUCCUGUUUAAACUGAUUGACAUUGGUUCAGAUCAGCUUAAUUUACAUCUCUCAAAGCUUAUUUUUGCACUCAGCGUUACUGGAAAUAAUCUCCUCAAUGUUUGCAAACUUGUAUUUAAAAUUAGUAGAAGCGAGAACAAUGACAUAUUGUUUCAACAAAAUACUAUAACAGAUUCAUUGCUCUCUCUCUUCAACACUGAAGAUCCUUUAUCCAUUAGUGAAGCUCUUCUGUACUGUUUGGGAGCUCUAAAAUUCAUUUCUGGAAACACUGUUCUUCUUAAAGAUCUUCUUAACAAGGACACAACUGAGAUUCUGGUACAGUUUAUAAAGAAAAUAAAUCAUGUCAACCAGCAAAAUAAAACAUUUUUUUCGAUUUCUGGACACCAACUGGUUCAGAUUACAACUACUCUUCGAAACCUGGCAGACCUACCCCAGUCUAGACCAAGGUUUCUUGGCAGUGGAGCUUUUCCUGCUCUUUGUACUGUAUUGGACCAACAUGUGAAUGAUAAAGACAUCUGCACCAACAUAUCUAGAUUAUUUAGUAAGUUGUCUUGUUACAAUGAGUGCUGUGCUGCCAUAUCUGAAUGUUCUGAUUGCUACCGCUUAUUUUUGGCAUUACUCAAAAAACACCAGAAAAAACAGGAUCUUGUGGUUCGCAUAGUUUUUACUCUUGGGAACUUGACCUCUAAAAACAAUGAUGCUCGGGAGCAGUUUUUUAAACAAGAAGCUAGCAUUGACACGCUUCUUGAACUUUUCUACACUUACUAUAAAAUGGAUUUAAAUUCCCAAGUCCCUUGUGCCACUGGUGAAAAACCAUUCUGUGGCCAAAAACACCCCUCAGAAAUUGAAGAUGUGCUCAUAAAAUUAAUUAGAGUUUUAGCAAACUUAUCUAUUCACCCAACAGUGGGAAGAACUCUUGCUGUUAACUCAACAUGUGUGGAGCUGCUGAUUCACAUCCUAGAAUACAAAUCAAUUGAUGAAUGUGAGGAGCUAGUGAUCAAUGCUGCAGCAACUAUCAACAACUUGUCAUAUUAUGGAGAAUGUGACUCUCAAAUCAGAAAAAAUUAUCUUCAUAUUGCAGAGUUACUGCUUCAUUUGCUGAUGAAGAACAACAUGGAAGGAAUAUUAGAAGCUGCUAGAGUGUUUGGCAAUCUUUCUCAGUACAAAGAAAUCCGUGACUUCAUAGUAGAAAAAAAAGUGUAUAAGUUCAUGAUUGCACUACUUGACUCAAAGAAUCAGGAUGUUUGUUUUUCUGCUUGCGGGGUCCUUAUAAAUCUCACUGUGGAUAAUGAUAAACGAACAAUACUAAACGAAGAGGGAGGAGUUAAAAAGCUAAUAGACUGCUUGAAAGACUUUGGACCUACAGACUGGCAGCUGGCCAGCUUGGUGUGUAAAACCCUCUGGAAUUACAGUGAGAGAAUAACUGGGGCUGAAGUGUCUUUUGGAGAAGAAGAGGCUCAGUCAUUGUUGCAGCUACUCACUACUUACCUGGAAGAGGAGUUUGCAUUACAGUACAUCACGGAUGAAGAUUUGAGACAUGUUCACAAGGCAUGCUGGGAGAAAGAUUUUAUGCCAGUGGCUCAGCAGCUGGUGAAGAGAAUCCAAACGCUUUACACGUUCCUGGAACCUCUUUCAAGUCCAUCAUAGUGGUGUAUGCAUGGUUAGGAAUGUGGGAGAGAAAAACACAGGCCUGUUUUCCCUUAAAAAUGAAACCUAAUUUAAACUGCUUCUUUCCAUGAACAUUCUUGAAAGUCAAGUGAUUUUUGCAGUUUUAAGGAGAAAAUCCAAAUUAAACUAAACAAUUUCUUUGAACAAGGCCUCUAGUGUUAACAGUGUCAGUGACUUCAGAAUAUGAGCAAAGAGAUUACGUUAUAUUUAGAAAUAUGCAAGUGCACAAUUAAAAUGGACAAAUUAUUUUCUCACUUAUAUUGACUACACAUCACUGGAACAAAUGUCAACUGAUCCAGCUACAGUAUGUAUUUAAAAAGAUGUAUAUUUUAUUAAACUCUAAAUUGAAUUAUUAUCAUUAUUGCAUUUUUUAAAUAAUAUGGUCUUCAGGCAGGCAGUAAGGCCUAGUACCUGAAACUGUAUGCUGACUUACUGUAUGACCCCGAGUGUGUCACUUCACCUGCCAGUGCUCCAUUUGUAAAGUAUAUUGUAUACAGUAUAUGUGUGUGUGUAUGCAUGUACACACACACACACACACGUUUUUAUUUUCAGCUGAAUAUGUGUUAAGUGCCUUGGAAUGCUAAUCACUACAAUGGCUUCAUUCUUGGUGGAGUGUAUUAAGCCAGGGCUUUUUAAAACUUAGGUCUCAGCCUUUUACCUAAAUUAUGAAAUUGUUUCCAAAAAUUGUUGUUAUUGUAAUAUUAUUAAAUGAAUACCCAGUAGUUUAAUAGCUAGUCUAAAGUCUUGUCCUUUUAUACUAUGUGUAAUUUUAAAUUAAAAGAAUAAACAUUUUGAUGCCAGCAUCAUUCCAAGUAAAAAUCGUCAAGCCCAGCAAAAUAGCUUUCCAAAGCCCACUUGAGCCACGCUGUGUGUUAUCACAAGCCAGUUACUCAGGAGAACUUGCAUCGUUAAUGGCCUCAGUUCAUGCUGUAGCAAUGGCAAUCGUGCAGAUCCCCAUCAUGGUUCAAUUUAAACAUUUUGGAUUAGGAUGAGGGACUCUACUCUGGAGAAUGGGCUUUCAAUAACUGGCAGAGUCUUGUGUUUGUCGUCACACCUGGCAUUUAAUAUAAAACUGUAAUGAUUGAUGAUGUUUUUCAGAGCUAAAAUCUGAUGGGUUGAUUUUCUUAAGUCUCAUAAUGUUCCUUUAAGUCUAAAUGCCAGGAAUUCUUUUUUAAAAGUGUCUUUCAGUGAUAAUCUGCUUAAAAUAAUUGGUAGACACACAGGCCUAACUGUACAACAAUGCAGUUUUAAACUGUUUUUUGUAUUUUUAAAGCUCAAAAGAAAGAUGCUGUUUUCCUUCUGCCUGAUGUACCUACCCAGGGACACACAAUUUUAAAGCAUUAAAAAGUUGGUGCUGUAUUGGAA